AUCAGCUGUUCGUAGACAGCUGUUCACGCCGGCCGGCUACUUAUAGUAAAGAUCUCGCUGGGCUUCGUGUGGUUUUUGCACGUGAGAAAUCCACAUAUCCAUACGUAACGACAAUGGGUGACUUGAUGACUGACAACAAACUCAAGUCGGACAGCGCCGCAGAUCCGAUAAUGGAUCUCGUCCAAGGAGCCCGGAGACUGAAGAUCCUGGUUCAGGUGCUGGAGCUAGGACUGUUUGACGAGAUCGAAGCUUUUGGCGAGCCAGUCACGGCGCUCGGCCUGUCUCGGAAGUGCGGCUACAAUCUGGAUGUGACUGAGCGACUCCUCAAUACCCUGGUGUGUCUCAAACUCCUGGACAAGAUUAAGAACAAGGACGGCUCAUCGGCUUAUCGAAAUGCUGCCUCCACCUUGAAAUACCUGACAAGAUCAAAGAGGCCGUCCCUGAUACCUGUCAUAAUGAGCGAGGCGCACAUGAUUCUUCCUAUGAUCGAUAACCUCCCACGCAUCCUCAAAACAGGAACCUCGGACAAGAUCUGCCUUCAGAUGAUGCAAGGAGGUGAUACGAGAAAGGCCAACUCGCCGAUGAACAAAACGAAAAACGUCGCCAACAAGACUCCUCAGAUUCUCAUGCCGAGCAAAUCGAGCCAACCGAACCCCGAAAUCAACAACAACGGCAACGUCAACAACAGCUGUAGCAGCAGCAGUAUGCCGGCAGACAUGACCAUGAUGUUCCUUUCGUGUAUGGACGGUCUGGCAUCUCAGUGUGCCCCUGCUAUGGCUCGAGCCUUCGAUCUCACGGGACACAAGACGACGGCCGACCUUGGAGGAGGCUCGGGUUGUUUUGCGUACGAACUGGCGAGGGUGUACAGCAACAUGCACGUGACCGUCUUUGACCUUCCACAGACCACACAGAUAGCGCGCAAGUUACAACCGGAAGACACAAAAUCUAGAGUCAAGUUUGUGGCGGGAGACUUUUUCAAGGAUUCCUUGCCGUCAGCUGAUCUGUUUGUCCUUGGUCACGUGAUCCAUGACUGGGACCGAACAAACGUGGACGUAUUGCUUAAAAACGUUUACGAAAAACUCCCCGCUGGUGGCAGUCUUCUCCUCCUGGAGAAGAUGUUGAACGAAGAGAAGGACGGGCCGGAAACGUGCGUGCUCAAUGAUCUCGCAAUGGCGAUGAUCUCGCAUGGAAAGGAGAGAAGUGCCACGGAGUACAGACGACUGCUCGAAAAACAUGGCUUCCGGAAUACUCAGAUCAAGAGAUUACAUGGCAACAACACUUACGACGUGUUACUGGCGCGAAAACCAUUCUAACUAUUGCGUGGGACACAAAACUAUGCUAAUUUUCAUUUGGAAUUGUUGGGGUUUUUUUUAAUGUUUAUAAACGCGCGGGCAUGCGCACGAAAAUACAAAUGUAGGCCUACACAUAUGAGCAAAGCAGGCACAGUACAUUAGGACCGUACCCUGAUCAAAAUCCUACGGGGCGCACUACUUUUUAUAAACAAAUGAAACACUAUAUAAAUUAAACCCUGAUAUGUGUAUGCUAUUUUCUGGAGUAAAAAACAAAAGAAACAAGUGAGAUUCUCAGGGGGACAACUGCCUCCCCCCCCCCCCCGGAGAUUACGGCCCUGUACAUGUAAUAUUAAUUACACAUAUGAUGUCACCUGCAUAGUAAUUCUGUGUACAUGCAUAUUUUUCAUUUAAUUCUUUUGUUUAGAUAAAAUGGAGGUUUGAGCAAAAUACAAACUACUGAGCA